UUAGGGUUAGGAAUGGCGAACAACUUGUUGAAUAAGCUGUGUAUGGACGAAGAAGAUCCUAUGCUCAAUUCCGUAGUGCGAUGCAAACAUGGCAUUUUGCUGAAAAUGCAGACAUCUUGGUCUGAUCGCAAUCCCGGAAGGAGAUUUUGGUCUUGUCCUCACUAUGAGCCAAUGAAGUGCAAUUUUUUCAGAUGGAGAGACACGGAGAGAGUUGAUCAAAGAUCAAGGUUUAUUAUUCCAAGAUUGGUGAACAAAAUCAAAGAGUUACAAGAAAAUUACGAGCAUGUUCGGGUGCAUUUGGAUGAGCUUGAAAGUCUUAAGAUGAAAUAUGAUAAUGUUGACAUGAAUUCACUUGAACCUAAGGAGAAAAUUCAGUUGGAUGAGGUUGAAAGUCUUACCCUUCAAUAUGAUAAUCUCAACAUCAGUGAGUUGAUUGAGCUUGAAGAUUCAAAAGAUUCAAUAGAUAAAGGUGAGUUGAUUGAGAUUCAAGAUUCAAAAGAUUCAAUAGAUAAAGGUGAGUUGAUUGAGCUUCAAGAUUCAAAAGAUUCAAUAGAUAAAGGUGAGUUGAUUGAGCUUCAAGAUUCAAAAGAUAAAGGUGAGUUGAAUGAGUUUGAAGAUUCAAAAGAGGAGGAGGAUGGGUUGAAUGAGUUUGAAGAUACAAAAGAAGAGAAGGAUGAUUUGAAUGAGCUUGAAGAUUCAAAAGAGAAGGGUAGUUUGAAAGAGAAGGAUAUGACAGGAAAAAAGAAAAACGGGAGGUGUUGGUUUAAUAGAAACUUACUUUGGUGUUUGAUGGUUUGUUUAUUUGUUGUGUAUCUUAGUAGUUUAUUAGAAAUGGCCAACUUGAAGAAAAAUCAAAUGAAGUUGCCAUAGUAGCUAGUGGUUUGUUAAUAGUACCUCAUUUUGUUUGUUGUAAUGGUACUUAAAUGAUCUCGGAUAGGCUAAGUUAGAUGUGUUAUAAUUGUACUUAAAUGAUCUCGGAUAGGCUAAGUUAGAUGUGUUUUGCUGGAUGGUACAUUUUGGUAUUGUAACGAAGCAUUGUAAUGGUAUUUUAAUGGUGGUCUU